AUGAAAGUACUGCUACUUUGCGCUCUCGUCAUCGUCUCGCUCUCGUCGUCGUUCCAAGGAUCACCCCGUCGUCCCAAAUCUUCGUCGUCCCAAGCUCAUCCCGUCGUCCCAAGAAACACAACACAAUCAGAAACCCAAGAACACAAUGCCACAGAAACCCACAAUAUGGAAAAGAACGAGAUCGAAACUUACUGUAUGAUCACGCUCGUCGUGGUUCUCUUCUUCUUUUUUGCUGCUAUUGCAGCAGUGCAAGAGUACAAGCAAAGUGAUAAAAAAGUGCGGCUCGCUGACAACCAGAAUAGAGAAGAUAUUUUCCAGAAUGUUCCUUUUUUUAAAUCACAGAUGUGCUUUCCGCGUUGCAUACAUCUGCCAAAAUCUUUCCUUUCACUUUUUGUAUAA